UUGGGCUUUCCGUUCCCUUCCAGUUGGCGCCAGAAACAUGUCAUCCAGGUCCAGCACAAGCAUGGCGAUUGGUGCCAUGGGCGCCGCGGUUUUGGGCUCUUCCGCACUACAGGCCUUCCUGGCCCCUUCAGCACCUUCCGCCCCCUCCGCGCCGGUGCUUCGCGGCAGCGGCAGCCAGCAAACGUCCGGCCCCGCGGGUCGCCAGGGUGGCCACGCCAUGACGGUGGGCCUCGCAACGGCGGCAGUUGCAUUGGCGCGGCGGCGCACCGUGGUGAGGGCAGAGGAGAAGCCCUUCGCUGGCGGCCUCAUUGGGGGAGAGUCCGCCUUCUCGGGACAGGACUUCAACUUCGACCCCUUGGGUCUGGCCGUGAAGUGCGAGAAGUACCUGCCAUGGUUCCGCGAGGCGGAGUUGAAACAUGGCCGAAUUGCUAUGUUGGCCUUUGUCGGUCUGGUAGUGCCGGAAUUCGUUCGAAUCCCAGGGCCUGAACAGUGCUACGGAGCCAAGACAGUGGUGGAAGCGCACAACGCGUGCGCCGGAGAUCCAUAUUUCCCUUUCGUGCUGGAUGCCACAGACUUCUACAACAAGGAGGGACACCAGGUGGGCCCCCUCUUCCAGGUCUUCGCCUUCUGCGGCUUAGUGGAGAUGUUGACCACCUUCGCCAAAACGAGCAAUGUCUCCAACAAGCCCGGCCUCACCUUGGAAAAUGCAGGUGACUAUCGCUUGGGGGUCAACUUUCUUCCCAAAGACGAAGCCAAGAUCAAGGAGAUGAAGCUCAAGGAGUUGAAGAAUGGACGAUUGGCCAUGUUGGCCUUUGGUGGCGCCAUUACUCAGGCCACACUCACCGGCAACGGCUUUCCCUGGCUGUAUGCCCAAAAGGACGAGGAGCGUAGCGUCAGCAGCCGCAGCAGCUUCUGCAACGCCGGAGCUGUCCCUGGCCGUGGCCGUGUGGCGAGGCGAGCUGAGAAGGGCUACAAGAUGAGCGCUGCGGUGCCUUUUUUGCCCAUGUCUCCAGCCUUGGAGGGCAUCCCAGGUGAGGAAGAGGGCUUCGACCCCAUGGGUUUCUCUUUAGCCAUUGACAUCCGUUGGUUGCGGGAGGCAGAGCUGAAGCAUGGCCGCGUGGCCAUGCUCGCAACUGUGGGAUGGAUCACGACUGAUCUGGGCCUCCGAGUGCCCGGUGAUGCCUUCCAGGUCUCCACCAUUGAGGCGCAUGAUGCCAUGGUGAAGUUUGGAUCCAUGCCCCAGAUCCUGGUGUGGCUGGGCUACUUGGAACUCUUUGGCUUCCUGGCCAUCAUCAACAUGCAGGAGGGCAAGACUGACCGUAAACCUGGAGAUUUUGGGCUGCGUGGCUUCUACCCAGCAGAUGCCAAGGGGCAAUAUGACAUGCAGGUGAAGGAGCUUCGCAAUGGGCGUCUGGCGAUGUUAGCCUUUUCAGGCAUUGCCACUGUGGGCGUGCUGACGCAGGAGAAGUGGCCCUUCUUUGAUGCAGUGGUCAACGCCGUCCCCAGAGAUGCGCAGCAGGCCACUUCCAGCCGCUUCUGCGGCGCGGCAGACCGUGGGGCAGCGCGUCAUGCCACGGCUCGUAGGGCCUCCAGCAGCAGGAGCAUGCCCUUUCUGCCUAAGCCGCAGAACUUGGGUGGCCUGGUGGGUGGCGAGGCCGAGUUCGAUCCCCUGGGCUUCUCUGAUACCUUUGAUGUGAAGUGGCUGAGAGAGUCGGAAUUGAAGCACGGCCGCGUGUGCAUGCUGGCAACUAUUGGCUUUGUGGCAGAACAAUACGUGCAAUUCCCAGGCUUUCCUGCCGCCGAGGAUGCGCUACAGGCCAUUUACGUGGCGCCGGUGAACAUGACCGCGCUGUUGCUGGUGGCUGCGGGAUACAUCGAAAGCUCUAGCUAUGGUGGAAAGCUCACCAUGUUGGACAUGUUCGAGGGCGAAGGAGCCAAGCGAGCCCCAGGUGAUCUGAACUUCGGCAAACGCUUCUUGCCAAGCAACAAGGCUGAUGCAGAUGUGCUUGCAACCAAGGAGCUGAAUAAUGGUCGGCUGGCCAUGUUGGCCUUCUCAGGCAUGGUGCACCACAACUUGGUGGUGAAGGGACCUCUCUUCCCUCUCUUCCCAGAGGGCUGGGAGGGACCCCAGGGAUCUUGGGAUCUGGACAGCACCGCUGGUGCUCUGAACAGCGGUCGCCUUGGUCUCUGAUGCUGCACCGGUAGGGGUGUGUCCCGCGUGACGUCUUUUUGAGCCAGGGCCUGGUUGAAGGCCGGGCCCCUGGUCGCCUUGGACGGGACGCCCCAGAGGAAAAAA